GGCCCAAGCGUCAUUCUAUACGAGUCGGUCGAGGCAGACGGGCCAUAGGAAAGAACACGUACAAGCGACGAAAUAAAAACGUUUUAAAGCUCGUACUUUACAAAUACGAACGAGAAAAGUGAAGUGUUGCGUUAAAAGUCUCCCGUUCAGUGAAAGUGCCGCAGCGAAGGAUUUUCCGAAAAUCUUCCGCAUACAAACGCAACAAACAUGGCCUACACAGCUGACUCGGUGGCGCAGCAGAUCCAAGAGCGUCUCAAGCAAAUACACGGCCUCGUCUUUGAAAUCGAGGAGAGCCGCGGUCACUCGGAGUUCAAUAUCGAUCAAAUCGAGAAGAUCCAAGACGAGAUCAACGUCGAGGAGAAACUCAACUCGGUCGAACAGCGCAAGCUUAAGCUGGUCUACGGUCGAGCGGUCGACGACGCCAAGGAACAGGAGAAGCUGCUUCGCAAGGCUUUGGAUAAAAUUCACGAAAUUCGACUGAUCAGAAGCAAGAGGAGACUGCAGGCAAGGAGGGCUGGAAACAAGGAAGCCAUCAGGAGAGGUACCUUGAUGAAGAUGUUGCUCGUGACAGCGCAGACUCUGCCGCUGUACGUUGGGAAUACGCCGGGCGCUAAGCCGCCGCCGUUGUGCGGAUCUAUACCGGCUGAGAAUUCUUACGUGGCCAAGAUGGGCGACAUGGUGGCCGCAUUCGUAAAGAACCUCGACGGCGAGGAGAACUGGAUCUUGGCGGAAGUGAUGAGUUUCAACCCUAGCAACAACAAGUACGAAGUCGACGACGUCGACGAGGAGGACCAAGUACGUCACGUCGUUUCCCGACGCCGCGUAGUGCCUCUGCCCCUGAUGAGAGUCAACCCGGAGACAGACGCGCACGUGCUGUUUCCCAAAGGCGCGAUAGUCAUGGCUCUGUAUCCGCAGACGACCUGCUUUUACAAAGCUAUCAUAAACUUGCAGCCGACAAACGCGCAGGAGGACUAUGAGGUACUUUUCGAGGACGAGACCUAUGCGGACGGUUACUCGGCGCCGCUGAACGUGCCUCAGAGGUACGUGAUCUCGAUCAAGGAGAGCAAGAAGAGAAUCAAAGUUAGCCGCGGAUAAGAAGACUGAUAUUUUUAAACUUGAUUGUAUAGUCGUUGGGUUAUUUUGUUUUGUACUCGCAUAAGUGUACCUGAACUCUUUAGUCUGACAUUCCGUUACAUGGUAGUUAUUGAACUUAAUAUAUUUCAACUUUGACUGAUAUAAUAGGAAGACUGAUAGAUAUGAAAUAAUUGUAAAUUUUAAUUAAUUAAUGAUAGUGUAUAAUCAACAAUUCAUUUACUUGCAUUUACAUUUUACUAACGGUUCGAUCCUCAAUGAAUAAAGAAAAUACGGUUUCUAAAAUGAA